UGUGGCCUAGCGAUAAUAUAUUUUUCAAUGGAGGAAUCUUCAGUUCAAGACGAAUCAAUUGAAGCAUCGGAGGAGAAAAGCAUCAAAAUUAUUAUAGAAUCUAUUGAAAAUAUCACUAUGAGAGAAGAAACUAGCGUAUCGUUUGUCGUGAUGCACAAAGACGUAGUGCUGGGAGAAAGUAUUCCCCUUUUUAUCGAUCCGGAUUUCAAGGAACCACCACAAGUUUAUGAUGUCAAUUUUGCCGUUGAACUUUCAUUUAUAAUUAACGAUCAUGAUAGCAUGAAUUCAGUUGUAUCGACGCCGAUUUUAAUAAAAGUAAUGUGCGAAACUCAAAAUCAGCGUUCGAUAAAUUCUGUCAAAUCAAACACGGAUUCGAAGAAAAAAGCAACAGUAAGUACUUCGAAAGAGACGUUAACGUCGUCAAAUGUCAUCGGUUUCUGCAGUCUUGAUCUAAUGCCGAUAUUAUUAGGUGAAAAAUUACUCACUGAAAGAUUAAUCGUACAAAUGCCACAUUUAUCGCUCGAUGGCAAUGCGAUUUCGUGGCAAAAUCUUCCUAUAAUAAACGCAACAAUGAUCUGCGACGAUGAAAAGAUAUUUCCUUCGAAAGCAAAAAUUAAUUUCUUGAGUAUUACAAUAGAAAGUAUUUAUAAUCCGCCAGUCUUCUUCAUUGAAGAUGCAGAAUACAAAGCGGGCACGAUAGUAUAUAUUGACAAUGAGAUUCCGGAAAAUGUAAUAUUCGAAGAUGGUAAAUGGACAAAAUAUCGCGAUGUGGAAAGGACGAAACAAUGGCAGAGCUUAUCGAAAUUGCAAAGUCGCGCCAGAUUGUCAAAGUGGAAACUUAGUCGCGAUUAUGCAAAUAUAAAAAAUACACUCGAUGCAAAAUUCGAUUUAGAGAAGAAAGUAUGUCAGGACAAACCAAGGAUCGAGUGGAAUUUUAUGAGUCGUAACGUGAUGUAUGAUGCAGGAAUUGAAACAAUGCAGAAACGUAUUGUCAAGUAUAAAUAUUGGCCGUUUCAAUUUAUGAUGAUCGAAAAAAAUACAGAGAAGGAUAAUAUUAGGUCGAAGGAGACUAAAUGUCAAUUUUAUCAGUGUUACGUUGACUUAUCGGAACUUGUCUUUCCAGGAACGAAAAGUACUCGAGUAAUAGCACAAUUGUACACUCAUAACAUAUCCGAUAUGGCUGAAAAGACUGGUUUAGAAAAAAAUAUCUUAGAACUUUGGAAUAACAGCUUGGAACGAGACUUAAAAAAAUCGAUUCAGUCGGAAUUUUCGCAAAAUGCAACUCCGUUAAUUUCGGAAACCGAUGAGCCCGUUUUCGUCAUAAUCGAAGUCGAGCUUUAUUAUCCAUUUAUUCCUUGUAGACUUGAAACUGAUUUUUCGGACAUAAUCGAGAAAAUGAUGAAACCGAAGAUAAUCAAACAGCCUUAUAUUUAUUCAGACGAUGUGGCGGAGGAACAAUACGCAACUUGUAUUCAAAAAUUAGUGGAGAUCAUUACAGAGAGUUAUAGGGAUGAAUUAACUUGCUUCACGCAAUAUCUAUAUAAAACUGGUACGUACUUGAGUGUACGUAGCACUUUGAAAGAAAAAGUCAUUUCCAUGCUGGAUCAGAAAUUCAAGACGGGCGUACAUAAAGUACACUCGACCGACAGUCAGAACUUUGUGACAUCUAUAUACACGUAUCUCGUCGAACGAAUGCACCUGGCCAUCAACAAGAUCGUCGAAAGUCGUCUCGUGAACAACAAAGUGCCAAAAAUGGUGAUAUUCGAAAAAUUGUACAUUUAUGCCGAAGAAGCUUACGAGUUGGGUCAUACCGACGAUGCGAGGCGACAUCAUCAGACUGCGAUCGCGAUAAAUAGAAGUAAUCCCGAAGCUUGGACAAAAUACGCAAUGUUUCUCUUAAAAAUCAGCGACAUGGAACGUGCAAAGGAAUCCUGCUGCGAAGCAGUUCUCUUGAAUAGACGCGAUAAAAUUGCGUGCGCUCGUAUAUACAGAGAAGAUUUAUUGAUGUACGGAUUAAUUCUCGCCAAAGAGCAACACUAUCGGGAAGCCGAGAUCUUUCUAAAAGCUGUUACCGAUUUUUAUCCACGACUCGUCGAAGGCUGGGUUAUCUUGCAUCUGCUUUAUAUUCGCAUGAAUUAUAGCCCCGGAACACAUCUCACUUUACGAAUAGCAGAAAAAUGCAUAAAGGACGAUGAUGCAGAGAUGGAGAUCUCUGCGGGUGAGGAUCCCCUCGCUUGGACAACUAUUUACUGUCCACAGGACAAUGUUUACAUGAUAACAGCCACGCUUUUAAUGAAAAUGGGACUGUAUUACGAAGAUAUUGGCAAUUACGAGCGCGCGUUAAAAGUUUUCCUCAACGCAUGCCGGACUUCACCGACGGCAGAAACGUGGCUAGGUGCGGGAAUCGCUUUUUACGAGUUGCAGCGAUUUACGGAAGCGGAGGCAGCUUUAUCAGAAGCGAAUCAAAUCGACAAUCGUAACGUGACUGUUUGGAAGUACUUAUGUCUGUUAAAUAUGUCCUUGCAACGUCACGAUGAAUUCGUUCAGUGCCGGACACAGAUCGCUCAGUGUACGCUAUUUAUACUCAGUCUGCUUCAAAUAGUGAUGUUUACUGCGAUGAUAAAUUGCGAUGAAUCAAGAAGCGUUAUACGUCACAAAAUUGGAAAAAAAGAUGAUGUUGAACGGGUCAAAAUAAAAGUUUUCCGUGGCCCUAUGCAAGAAAAAAAUGGUGAUGUUUUCGCUCCCUGGGGAUACUGGAUCCAACAGCCCGGCAGAUAAUUUGAAUUGUUAAUUGUUCUUAUUUUUUCAUGUAACAGCGACAAAAUAUUUCUUUUUUCUUUUAUUCU